UUCACGGAAAGAAUACACCCCAGUUGUUGGUAAGAACGUUCCGGGUUCCCAUCGAUAUCACAGCAAUAAUUUUAAAGGAUCUCGGGAGUUGACGCCGGAGGAAUUGCAGCGAGCUAGGGAAGUCUGUUAGGACCGCAGUCACAAGCCAUGUUCCAUUUUAGAGACUAGGAUAGGGUAUAUUUUAAGAGAUACCGGUUCUACAAGCCAUAAUUAAGACACUUGUUUUACGGUUAACAUAAGGCGACAGUGUUUCACAACUUUUACAGCGCAGAAUGCCUGUGAAAGGAGGCGGAAGAGUGGCUGUGUAUCCAGGCAAGGGCGAACAUGUCGGGAGCUCAGGAAUGGAGGAGACUGUUUGGGAGCAGUACACUGUGAACCUACAGAGGGACUCCAAGAUGGGGUUUGGUAUCGCUGUGUCGGGGGGGCGGGAUAACCCCAACGUGGAGAAUGGAGAGAUGUCAAUCAUCGUGUCAGACGUCUUGCAGGGAGGACCAGCUGAUGGACUACUGUUUGAAAAUGACCGUGUGAUCCAAGUCAACUCCAUCCUCAUGGACAACGUGCCUCAUUCCUUCGCUGUGCAGCAGCUACGCAAAUGUGGGAAGAUCGCCAAGAUAACGGUGAAGAGACCUCGGAAGGUGGCUCUCCACUCCCUGAAACACCCGCCCUCCCCUGGUGCCGAGAGUCGAGACUUCGGCUCAACCCGCUACUACGAUGCCGAUGACAACCAGAGCGACGGGGGCUGGCAUCGUGGCAAUGGUGGUCCUGGUUACAACCGCGAGCCUCGCGACCUCACCCCCGACAACAAGAGCUACCUGGACCCCAACUACGGCAGCCGUGGUAACCGGGGGAGAAGCCGGGGGAGGAGCAAAGAGAGGGCGUCGCCAAGCCCAGAGCCUCACCACGACAACAGCAGUGGGCGGGCCUUGGACCGGGAGCCGCCCAGUCCAGAGAGGCCACAGUAUCCACGGGAACGCAGUCGGGGGAGGAGCAUGGACCGGGAUAGAGGAGGAGGAAGUCCAGGUGGGAGGAGCUACAGCCGGGGAGACAGCUACGAGCGAGGAGGGGGAAGGUACGGGGAUGGGGGAGGUACCGGGGGGAGGAUGGUGAAGAGUAAGAGUAGAGACAACCUCCGUGAGCCGUCCCGUUCGCCCUCUCCUGACCUCCCCCGAGGAGGAGCUGGAGACCUGGAGCCCCUGGAGAAACCUGUUAAUGUCCUGCUGGUCAAGAACAGACCCAACGAAGAGUAUGGUCUGCGUCUGGGCAGUCAGAUAUUCAUCAAGGAGAUGACCAGUACAGGACUGGCUGCCAAGGACGGAAACCUACAGGAGGGAGACAUCAUCCUCAAGAUCAAUGGGACAGUAACAGAGAACCUCUCUCUGAACGAUGCAGGGAAGCUCAUAGAGAAGUCUAGAGGAAAACUCCAACUGGUCGUCCAGAGAGACCGCCGCCAGAUCCUCAUCCGUAUCCCGCCCCUCGUAGACUCCGACUCCGAACCUGAUGAUAUCUCAGAGAUGGAGUCCUACUCCCCACAGGAGGACCGUAGAUCUCGCCAGUCGGACCUAUCUUCCCACUCCUCCAACGAGAGAGAGAACCCCAGACCUCUAACUAGCCUGGAAGACUCUCCCAGGGUAGCCAAGAUGUCUGCCAUGGCCUCGCCCUUUAGGGUGCCCCCCCUACAGGACCCAAACGCCCCGGGCCCUGCCAUACUGACCUCAGAGGGACUGCCACGCCUCGACGAGCAACCAGCGUCAGCAAAGAUUACUCCUAAGAUUCUGCUACGCCCCAGCCCAGAGGAUGAAGAGCUCUAUGGCGCUAACACGGUGAUGGUGAGUUUCCAGAAGGGGGACAGUGUGGGUCUGAGGCUGGCGGGGGGUAACGAUGUGGGCAUCUUCAUCGCUGGCAUCCAGGAGGGUAGUCCUGCCGAGGAGGAGGGGCUACGCACAGGAGACCAAAUCAUGAAGGUGAAUAGCGUUGACUUCCGAGGCAUCGUGAGAGAAGAGGCUGUUCUGUUCCUGUUGGAGAUUCCUAAAGGAGAGGACGUCACCAUACUGGCCCAGAGUAAACCUGAUGUCUACAAUGACAUCCUGGUGUCUGGUCGUGGGGACUCGUUCUUUAUCAGGACUCAUUUUGAGUAUGAGCGGGAGGCUCCCCAGAGCCUGGCCUUCUCCAGAGGGGAGAUCUUCAAAGUGAUGGACACUCUCUACGAUGGCAAGCUGGGCAACUGGCUGGCCAUCCGCACCGGCAAGGACAAACAGCUGCUGGAGAAAGGCAUCAUCCCCAAUAAGAGCAGGGCUGAUCAGAUGGCGAGUGUACAGAACUCCCAUAAGGCUGCUGGCACAGACCGCGCUGACUUCUGGCGUCUGAGAGGUCAAAGGGCAGCCAAGAGGAAGGAGCUGAGGAAGAGCAGAGAGGAUGUCGGCGCUACGCCCAUCGCCACACGCUUCCCUGCGUACGAGAGAGUCGUGCUCAGAGAGGCUGGUUUCAGACGUCCUGUGGUUCUGUUUGGUCCUAUAGCUGAUGCAGCCAAUGACAAGCUAGCCAACGAGCUGCCUGACCUGUUUGUCAUCGCCAAAACGGAGCCUAAAGAUGCCGGGUCGGAGAAAUCCUCAGGAGUGGUGAGACUUAACACCAUCCGCCAGAUCAUCGAGCAGGACAAGCAUGCCCUGCUGGAUGUGACUCCCAAGGCGGUGGACACUCUGAACUACACCCAGUGGUACCCCAUCGUCAUCUUCUUCAACCCAGACAGUAAACCAGGGGUGAAGGCCAUGAGGCAGAGGGUGAUACCUGGGUCCAACCGCAGCGCUAGGAAACUUUAUGAACAGGCUGUCAAACUGAGGAAGACCUGCUCUCACCUAUUCACUGCUACUAUUGAUGUGAACUCGGCCAACGAUGCGUGGUAUGGCAGUGUGAAGGACUCUAUCAGGGAGCAGCAGACUCAGGCUGUAUGGGUGUCUGAGGGGAAGCUGGACUGGACGGAGAUGGACAUUGAUCUCCAUGACGACCGCAUGUCAUACCUGUCAGCCAUGUCAGCCGACUACCUGAGCAUGGACAGCCGAUUGGCCAGCGACUACGAUGACACGGCGGAUGAGGGUGGUGCUUACACGGAUAACGAGCUGGACAACGAGCCGGCUGACCAACUGCACGUGUCCGCUAUCAGCCGCUCCUCUGAGCCCGUGCUGGCAGAGGAGAUCCUGCGCAGGUGUAGUCCAGAGAUCCGUGGUCGUGUCAGGAGGGUGGGCAGCAGGGAGGUGCUCAGCAGCGCCAGCCCACCCCCCGCGGUUGUACCUGACCCCCCCAAGGUAAAGCUGCUGUUCAGGGAUGAGGUAGUCCCUCCCAUAGGGUCAUACGAGCCCCCCCCCAGCCGAGGCUACGACUCCCACUCCUCCAGCCCUGCCAGCGACCCCCCUCCUCUCCCUCGCACCCUUAACUCAUUUGGCAAGGCCAAGCCACUGGCACCUCCCCCCAUCGCCAUCAAACCUUCCUAUAAUACCCAGGACACCACCCGCAGCACGGCCCCAAACACAGCGGCCUUUAGGGGCCCGGAGGAGCCAGGGGAGAGCCCUGAGGACCCCAGCCUCAAGUCGUUCCUGGGGAAGAUCAAGGCCUUUGAGAAGAUGGACCACUUUGCACGCACUCAGAGGAUGCUGGAGCUGCAGGAGGCCCAGAACGCCAGGUUGGAGAUAGCUCAGAAGCACCCAGACAUCUAUGCUGUCCCUGUGAAGACCCAGAAACUGAAUCACAACCGGCCUCAGCCUAUAGGUUCCAGCUCACGUCCUGAGCCCCAGACCCCUCCCUCCAAGCUGCCAUACUCUGAGAGUUGUGGGUUCUACCCCAGUGAAGGGGAAGAAGAAGAGUACCGACGCCAGCUGGCAGACCACACCAAGAGAGGCUACUACCAGACCAACAACCAGAAAUACCAGGACACAGAACUGUAGACUAUGCUACCAACAACCAGAAAAUACAAGGACACUGAAUGAAGUGUAGCACUACUACGCGCCCACCUACCACCCUACCCCACUAAACUGUAGUGCCCCUUCUCUCCUGGACUCCCGACUACCCCUUAACACCCUAAAGUAACAAGACACAGGGCUGGUUGACAGACACCCACACGCUGCUGAGCCUUGCUCUGAUUGACUCAGUUCAGCGCACACAAACACACACUCUCAAUUCCACCGGGACUCUGCCCCCCUCCCAUGACCCUGCACCAAUACGCUGCUGACUCGGAAGCUGGCCAGUUUAAAGUUUUUCUUAAAUCCGCUUUUUUGCUUCAAAAAGUGGAUAGUUACCUCACUGUCUUUGUUAUUGUUCUUGUUUAAUUUCUAUUUGCUUGUUUGGUUGAGUUAUUUUGUUACACAGAUCUGUGUUAUUGUUAUGAUCCAUUUAAUCAGGAACCACAUGUUAUUUCUUGCCUAUGCAACUCCUUCAGUUUGCUGCCUGCAGAGCAACUGAAAACUAUUGCCACGAGUCCCUCUCUGCACUCCACAAGAACCUUAAACCUUACGAGUCCUCCAAGCUGUAUCUUCUUCUCGUUACUCCUUUCCUUUUGUACUAUAUCCAAUAUUAUAACCAGCUGUCUCCAAACUAUUUUAAAAGGUCACAUAUAUAUUAUUAUAUAUACAAUGUUUAUACUCCUCCAUCUUUGCAUUCCUUCCUAUAUGAUCAUGUGUGUGUGUGUAUUCAUACUAUAUAUAUAUAUAUGAGAGAGAUCGAGAGAGCGAACGAAAGAGACAAUAUAUUAUAAAUACAAUACACUGGAAUGUAAGAUUUUUUUAAGUGCCUUUUACUUUAUGAAUAACAUAAUGAGGUUUGGGGACAUCUGUCCAUGCAUGGCACCCCUGUCCCUGUCCCCUGGACCACACCACUCUGCUGCUCUCAAGCUUUUAGGGAAAACAGGGAACAAGAGACACCAAAACCUUAAUACUGUCCCCACUGUACCGUCCCUUUGUCCCUUCCUCCACAACGAUACUAUCCGUGACCAGUCCUGUCCCCCAGAGACAUGUCCAACAUGGGAACAGCAUUUAAUCAAAACCGCCUCCUGAGUGGCACAGCGGUCUAAGGCACUGCAUCGCAGUGCUAGAGGCGUCACUUCAGACCCGGGUUCGAUUCCAGGCUGCAUGCUGACUUCGGUCGCC